GAGAUCGAUGUUCUUUCUUUUAGGAUUAAAGCACGCGUUGGGCGCGAUCGGAUCGUUGCCUUGUUCCGAAUGUUGCUCGUUGAUCUUACUUCGAAUCAGGCCGUGAAUUCGAGCCUGAGAUAGCGUAAUUUUACUCUACAAUUUUGUUGACCACCAGAUGUUCGAUAAUAUGCCUCUAAGUCGCAGACAUUGAAUAGAUCGCGAUUUCGUCGACCCAUCCUUUUCUUAGUGCAUUGAUUCGAUUCGGGUUCUGUUUCAUCAUCGUCAAGAUUGAUUCUGAACGUGUACCGUUCUGUCCGUCUCUCCUUUGUAUUGGCAUGUUUCUUUGCUGCGUUCGAUGACAAUGGCCACUGACGAGAGGGAUCGGCAUUCAAACAGUAGAAAUAUGUUUGUGUAGUGGACCUGCAAGAUCUUGAUCUUAUAGCUGCAAGCUAUGGAUUCAUUCCUUUAGUAGCUGCAUAUUGAUACUGAAAUAUUUCUACUGUUGGCAACUUGAUGCUGAUUUCUUCCUGAGUUACCUAUUGUCCUCAUAAUUUUUUCUCCUAACGAGAAACGAGACCUAUUUGCCUGUUUUGUAUAAAGCACAGCAUUGAAGUUCCUGUCAUGUAAGAAACUGGUUUCGGGAACUGGGUGCAUUUCAGAUAUGUUGUUUAUUUUCUAUUAAAAUGAUUAGUAUUUCAGUCUUCAUUAGUGAAUGAUCUCAAAUUUGUUUAUGUUAUAGUUUGAUUGAACAGCUGUGUGAUUGUUGAGGAUGCGAACAUCAUUCCUGCAGGAACAAACCGGUGUAGUGAGACAUGAAAUUUAUGUUUAUCAUUGCCAGGAUUAGCCCACCAGGUGUUCGUUAAAAUUGCCCAGGGAAAAUUGUGUUGAACAUCUCACCGGAUAAGCAUCUUUUGCAAAUGUAUACUAGAGAUGACAACGGUAUAUUAGAGAUGAUGUAGAGAGGACCUUAAACGAGCACAGAAGUACAGAUUCUGUACCUGCACUUGUCCUGCUUUAUUCCUGGUCUGAACUCAAUUGGGGAGAGGGCUUGUCAGGCUGCGGACCUCUGAGUCCAUGAUGGAAUUUUGUACUGGUCUGUGGUGAGGCAAACUUUGAACUCCAUUGACACCAUUUUCAAUAUCUCGAUUGCUCAUCUUUCAUCCGACACCAGCGAGCCUUGACGAGUGGAAGAUUGCCACUUGCCAAUGGAGCCAACAAACAGAGGAAGUUCUUCGUAAAACAGCCCUAGUGAACUGAAGGUGGCGGAGACUGGCGAGUGGAGGCAGCAGACUACCACCACUGACCGAAGCCAUGGAAACUGAUAACAUAGCUUCGGGUGAACGAUUCACUCCUGAGGUUCUGGGUUUUAUGCAGCUUGCUAUAGAUCAGGCAAAGCUUGCGUUGGACAGCCUUGAAGUUCCAGUUGGCUGUGUAAUUGUUGAGGAUGGAAACGUUAUUGCGGCAGGAAGAAACCAGAUAACGUCCUGCGUGUCCUGCCCACAGGGACAACAGGAGCAGAGGAGCCUGUCGUCAUGAUGAGAUUUCACGCCGUUUUCCCAAAUCUCAGAUGCUCUUGCACAUGUUCAUUCCCUUCUUCAUGGCUCAGUUCAUCCGAAACCUGCACCCAUCUCUCCAAGCACUUCUUCAGACGUGCGAGUCAUGUGACCUGUGAUGGUCCUACAGUCUCUGGACACCUUAGGAAUGAAAACCCAGAUGAAACUCGGGAGGUUUUGGACAAAUUUCAAUGCCCCGAUGUUCGUUCAUUUACGAAGAUGAUCGUGGGUCGCUUGCAAACUGGCCGCCUUGAUGACGCCCUGAAACUGUUCUACGAAAUGCCCGUGAGAGAUUCAAUUUGCUGGAACACGAUGAUCAAAGGCUGCUUGGACUGUGUGGACUUGACGAUGGCGGAAGAGCUUUUUGAUGAAAUGCCUGAACCAAGUGUUGUUUCAUGGACAACGAUGAUAAAUGGGUUCUUUCGAUUUGGACAGGUUGAGCGGGCAGAGGUAUUUUUCAAGCAGAUGCCCAUAAGAGAUCUUGCUGCAUGGAAUGCAAUGAUUCAUGGGUAUUGUGAGAAUGCCAGGGUGGACAAUGCUGUGAAAUUGUUUGAGCAAAUGCCUUCCCGAAAUGUGAUCUCAUGGACUUCAAUGAUUGGCGGGCUUGACCAAAACGGUAAGAGUGAAGAAGCUUUAAAUGUAUUUGAGAGAAUGUUCAAGUCUGGUGUUGUGCCCAAUUCGAGUACUUUGACGUGCAUUGAGUGCUGUGCAAAUGCAUUGUCUUUUCCUCUUGGCAUGCAGAUUCAUGGUCAUGUUCUCAAGUCAGGAUUCUGCCUUAGUGUAUUUGUAUGUGCUUCUCUUAUCACGUUCUAUGCUAACUGCAAGCGAAUUGAGAAAGCAACCCAAGUCUUCUAUGAAGCAGUGCAUAAGAAUGUGGUCAUAUGCACGGCUCUUCUAACUGGUUAUGGCUUGAAUGGUAGGCAUGAAGAUGGCCUGAAGGUGUUCAAUGACAUGAUGAGAACAAGUGUUCUUCCUAAUCAAUCUUCAUUUGUAAGCGCUCUAAAUUCUUCUUGUAGUUUAGAGUCUCUAGAUCGAGGUAAGGAGGUCCAUGCUUCAGCUGUAAAGCUGCAAUUGGGAAGUGAUGUAUUUGUUGGCAAUUCUCUUGUAGUCAUGUAUAGUAAGUGUGGGGCUGUUGAUGAUGCUGUUGUAGUGUUCAAAAGACUCAAGGAGAAGAACAUCGUCACCUGGAAUGCCAUUAUUUGUGGGUGUGCACAACAUGGCCGAGGGAUGUGGGCUAUGGAGUUGUUUAGCCAAAUGAUACGCGGAUUGGUACAACCAGAUGAGAUCACACUCACGGGACUGCUUUCUUCGUGUAGUCAUUCUGGGAUGUUACAAAAGGGGAGAUGCUUGUUCAGAUAUUUUAGUGAGAACACUUCUAUCGAAUUGAAACACGAGCAUUAUUCAUGUAUGGUGGAUGUUCUAGGACGAUGUGGGAAGCUAGAGGAAGCAGAGGAUUUUGUAAGAAACAUGCCCCUUAAAACUAACUCCAUAGUGUGGCUUGCUUUGCUUAGUUCUUGCAGGAUGCAUUCUAACCUAGAUUUGGCAGAAAGAGUUGCAAACUAUAUUCUUGGCCUAGAACCACAUUGUAGUGCUGCUUAUGUUUUACUGUCCAACUUCUAUGCUUCUGCUAAUAGAUGGGGUGAUGUCUCGCGAUUAAGAGUGACUAUGAGGGAUAAAGGGAUUGUGAAGCAACCAGGUAGAAGUUGGGUUACUAUAAAGGGGCAAAAGCAUUUAUUUCUUUCCGGGGAUAAAUCCCACUCUUUGAGUGAGAACAUAUAUUGGAAGCUGGAUUGGUUGAAUAUGAAGUUGAAGGAAUUGGGUUAUCUUCCAGAUAAGAGGUUCUCUCUCCAUGACGUGGAAGAUGAACAUAAGGAAGAGUCAUUAUUUUACCACAGUGAAAGGCUUGCUAUUGCAUUUGCAUUGAUUACUACUGUCGAGGGUAGUACGAUAGCUGUAAUGAAGAAUCUUCGCAUUUGUGGGGAUUGUCAUUCUGCAAUUAAACUGAUUGCAAAGAUUGUUGAUCGUGAGAUUGUUGUGAGAGAUUCCAGCCGCUUUCAUCACUUCAGGAGUGGCAUAUGCUCUUGUGGGGAUUAUUGGUAGCGAGGGCAUAAGUUUAUUUCUCCUGUCAUGAACCUGUAAAGAUCCUGAAUUUGCUCAUUAUGUUAAGCAUUGAUGAGAGUGGAUUAGCUAACACAAUCACUAUUUAAUAUGGGCUUGCUUUUAUGAUGUAAUAGACAAUGAAUUCAUGUGGAAUCCAUGGCUUUUUUUUUUUUAUCAGCUUUGGUUUUGUCUAGGAGGCCAAGGGAGUUAAAGUAUUUCUUAGCUGUAUGAGUUGGGCAUGUGGAAAGUUGGAGACUUGGGAGGAAAUCUUGCAUUGGAUGGCAUUGCCAUCCACUGGCUCCAUGCGGGGAUUUCUGUUGAGAAUUGAGUAUUAUCACUUUCCUUAUGGCUUUGAUCCCACCAUAAAAAAAGGAAGCUAUUUACAAGUAAGAUAUCCCUUCUGCAGAAUUAAAUUAAGUGAGGACCCAGAGCCUUGGAAAUAGCUACUUUCCAUCUCUCUCGCAGAGAGGUAGAAAUUGUGGCAUUUAGAGAGAAGGAAGUACUACUUGGUAAAAUAACAGAAACCUGCCUUAGAGAAGUAAGUACCGCUUGGUAAAAGAAAAGAAGCCCCCCAAACAAAAGAAAGGUCCAUGAGAUGCAACAAAAGCUUCUUCAUCUCUGGAUGCAAUUCGACUUCACCUAAUGUUCUCUUACAAUUUUGCUAGAUCUCUUCAACAAAUCGACAGUACUGAGUGAGUUUACUUUAUUUGUGGUGCCAAAAUUAGUAUUCUGAUGUCGUAUGUGUUGUCCAAGUUGAACAGAUGUUAGUAAUCGAAAUUGGUUGUCAUAAGAACACAAUAAUAUCUCAGUGUUCUAGCACAAUUGAUCAGUUAUUGAUUUAUGCUUAUGUAUUGCACAAGAAGUGGAAACUAUUUCUUUUAAUAGUGAUUAGUCAACUCUUCAUUUUGCAGUUUUCAGUAUCCUAAGAGGUCUGUCUCCCUAAGAGUUCUUUUGCUUUUGUGGUGGAUUUUUUUGUGUUGUGUGGGGUUGAAGUCCAUAACUCUUGUGCCAUCUAUUUUCUCACGUCUUCCUAAUAUUUGGCUCGGGCUCCCAAUUGCCUGAGUCUUACUGACCACAAUGGAUUUAUGUUGAAGAUGAAUUUCACAGUAUCUCUGACAGUAACAUUGUGGCACUUCCUUUUAGGAUUCCUUUUUUCUAAUGAUGAAAGCUGGAUCUUAGAGUGCAUUUUAAUUUAUAUUCAUGACAAUGCUUACUUGAAGUUAGUUUGCUUGUUGUAGGUUUCGGGUUGUGCUUACUAAGUUUUACACUUUUCAGAAAUUGUGGAAAUGAUAAAAGAGGUUUCACUGGAGAGUGAUUUGGCUAUUUUGAUUCGUGGCCUUUACUCUGCAAGAAAUAGAAAGAGAAGCAUGUAAGCAGCUUUUUGAAGUACAUGUAGAAGAUUGUCAUUAGGAGACGAUUCUUGUAACUAGUUUUCUUAGGAUUUUUUUUUUUUUUGUCAAAAGAACUUAAAAUUUAAUUACUUCAAUUUUUAAAGGAAUAGGAGUCUCAAUAGUACGUUAAUGGAGUGGGACCUAAAACUUGGAUGAUCUUUCCCUUAACGAGGGCGUUGUCUGAGCUACGUGUAUCAGGAAGAAUAGAGUUAAUAUUACAUCUAUAAGUAUAAAAUCUUACACGAUUUAUUGACAUUUUCUAGGCAUCUAUAAUGCAACUUAACAACCGUAUUAAUGACCAUUAACAAUUUUAAAUGCUAGUUUGUUACAUUAGUUACAAUCCAUGACUACUUGACUCCCCUUGCAAAUAGCUGUAUGAAGAGAUAAAUCCCUCUUAGUCAAGAAUGAGGCUAAUAUAUUUAGUUACCUCCCGCUCUCCCGGCAAAGUUUCUGGAAGUAACAGGUGAAUGGGGUGCCCAUACAGUUUGUGCAGAGCCUUUUUAUUGCUACUGAAUAAGACAUUUUUCCCCACGACUCAUUGGGAAUAAUUUCAAUUUUCAUGUAAAUAAUAUUUUCAUACCUUUUUUAGCUGUAUUUUUAAUCAUUCUUGCAAAGUAAAUGAAUACGUGUAACUAAUACAUAACUAAAAUAGCUAUCCACUUUUCAAACCUGCAAUACUAACCAUCUUUCUACAGCAGAUCCGUAAUGUUUCCACCCUUCUCUCUUACUUCACUUUGGACUCAUUUAAGGUGUUGAAGGGAAUGGAGCAAGAAAUCUUCAAUCAAUUCAUGAAACUGAGUUGUCAUGUCAUUCGAAUUGAUCGCAUCAGGAACUCCCUAGAGUAUCGAAGUCCACAAAAGCAGGACCUAAAGCCGGGACUCUCAAAUAGGCUGUUGAAGUGUUGAAAAGGGAAACAAGUUAUGCGGAGGAAAUGAUUAGAUCUUAUUUAGCAAAGAUUGUGAUGCCAAGAAGUGCUGAGGGAUCGGAGGACAAAUUCCAUGCUUCCUAUGCUCCUACAUUUCACAUUAGAGGGUGAGUUGAAGUUGGAAGAAAAUGGAGGCCUUGUUUAGUAAUCGGUUAAUUCUUGACUAUUUCUAUUCUUUUGUUUGCUUGAAUAAAAAGAAAAAAAAAUCAUUUGGUAA